AUGGCGGACGUAGCGGGGGCGGAGGGGCGCCUCCCUCUCUCCGCCGGGCCGUCUCCGUCCUCAUCUUCGGCCUCUCCCUCAGUCUCUUCUGCCUCUCCGUCCUCCACUUCUUCUCUCUCUUCAUCCUCUUCUUCCUGCUCUUUUUCGUCGUCGCGCUGUCCUUCGCAUACUUCGUUGAUGCCUUCCAGCCUGCAGCCGCUGCCGCCUGUCGAGGAGAGCCGCGGAGAGAGACAGAGCAGCUGCGGGACCGAGGGCGACGUCCUGCUGGUUCCUGACCGCACCUUCGUCGCUGUGGCGAUCCCGGGAACGGUCCAACGCAAGUCGACGGCGCUGGAGCUGCUGGGCGGCCGCGACGCCGUGGCUUCCUACCUGGCGUCGUCGGAUGAGAAACUCUUUCUGCGCACAUCCCUGCAGGACAAACUCUACUCGCGCUUCCUCCCCGCGACCGCCUCGCGCGCCUCCGGCCUGGCGAUCCGCGUGCAGAAGCGGAGAAGCGGAAAAGUCACGAUCUCUGUCCUAGGCCGCGUCACCAAAAUGCACACCUUUGAAGCUUUAGCUGAUUUCUACUUCUGUCCGCCGCCGGGCGCACGCUCGCCGAUCGACUUUCGCAAGCUGCUCUCCACCGACUCUUCUUCUUCCUCGUCCUCGUCGGCGUCUUCAUCUCUGUUUAUUCCGCCUCCACUUUUUUGCCGCUUCUCGCAGCCGGCGAACUACCGUCUCGACCAGCUGUCGGUUGCGCCCCCGAGCCCAAAGGGCGACGCCGCGACCGCGGUCGCAGACGCCCUGGGUGUCUCCGCCGCGGCUGUCCCCUGGGGUGCGAAGUCACCCCAGGGGCCUGUCCGCGUGAGAGGCGCCGCGUCGCAGGUAGCCACGCCCGCAGAUCUGGCGUCUGCGGCGUUGCUUCCUUCGUCCUCCUCCUCAGCCGCUGCGAGUGCUUCCGCGACAAACGCAGACAGAGAAGAAAGGCCGCUAGAUAUGCAAGAAGAAGAUCGUGAAGCCGUGUCGCAGGCGCGCGAAGGCGCAGAAGAUGAACCUCAGCGACCGGAAGAAGAUGAAUUCUCGCGAGGAAGAGAGAGAGAAAGAGGGAACAGAGACGAAGAGGACGACAACGACGAAGUCGGCGCGCGCAAGAAGGCGAGACGAAUCGAAGACGAUUCGCAGAAGAGGAUCGGAGAGGAAUUCAAUGCAGUCGCGCGGUUCGGCGAUGCGCAGUUUCCUUCUCAGCCUCCUCCCGCUGCGAUGAAGGCGACAGCAGACCAGCUGCUUCUCUUGCGGUUGCGGCGCCUGCUGGAGGAGAACCCGAUUUGGCUGCGCAGCUCGCUCGACGCUCGCCUGCCCGAGGAGUUCACGGCCUGGAGAAAGAAGCCAGGAUACGCGAAGACCUGUUUUCUUUUCGCGGACGGGCCGUGGAGGGGCUGUCUCUGCCGCCUGGGCUACGAUCCCCGGCAGUCUCCAGAGAGCCGAUUUUCACAGACGAUCGACUUCCGCGAUCCGUUCUUCCGCAACGUGAACUGGCGGCGUCUGCGCAAUCGACCUGCGCCUGCCUUGGCCGCCUCGCUUGUCGCCGCGAAGACGGAGGCGCUCUCCGCGGAGGCGGAGGCUCGCCUGGGGGAUGCCGAGCGGGACGACGCGCCGUUCGAGGCAAAAAAAGUGUCCGCGCUUGAACAGCACUUCCUCAUCGCGCCGACGCGGCCGUCGCUCCUCUACCAGCUGCGAGAAAUCAAAGACGAAGGCGUUCAAAAACUCCUACGAGAAGCUCCCGUCCUCCCGGCACCCUGCAAGGAGACAGGGUGGUAUACUGCCGCGACCAUGAAAACGCUCAGGGAGCUGCUCGCCAUGAAGAGUCAGCGCAUGCGCGAGAAAGCCGGCGAGCCUCUGCCGCCGGCCUGA